CGGACUGACGCGGAGCCGCGGCCAGUAAACACGUAGAAACCAGACAGAAAGUGGUCCGAGCGUCUGCGGGGGUGCGAGUCCGUCGCGGUCAGUUUGAAACAUUAACCGAGACCAUGGUUCAGCAGACGGAACAUGGCGGGACAGGGAUUCACGGCGGGUCCCGUGAGGCCACCGACCCAGACGACAGCGAGCUGCUGGCGGCCUCGGCGUGCAGCCCCGUGCCGGUGAAGCCGGACUGGUGUAAAACAGCGUCGGGUCACAUCAAACGACCCAUGAACGCCUUCAUGGUCUGGUCCAAAAUCGAGAGGAGGAAGAUCAUGGAGCAGUCGCCGGACAUGCACAACGCCGAGAUCUCCAAACGGCUCGGGAAGCGGUGGAAAAUGUUAAAGGACACCGAGAAGAUCCCGUUCAUCCGGGAGGCGGAGCGGCUCCGGCUCAAGCACAUGGCCGACUAUCCGGACUACAAGUACCGUCCCAAGAAGAAGCCCAAGACGGACGGGUGUGCGUUUCCAGCGGGGAAGGCAGCCGCUCAGUCCCCGGAGAAGACCGGCGUCAGACCCGUGAGUAAAAACCACGCCGCCGCGAAGAAAUUCUCCAAGUUGAAAGCCGGCAAGCCGGUAGCCGGUCCCGGCCGAGCGAGCGCCCACCUCCCGCAACACCAGCACACGGACCCCCGGUACCGGUACGUGUUCACGACCGGCUUUAAGAGCAGCAAGCUUGUUAAACGGGACUUUACCGACGACGAGGAGGAUGAUGACGAGGAUGAAGAUGAGUCUGAGGAGGAGCAGGAGUUUAAAGCGGACGAGGAGGACGAGCCGUCCCGUUACAGCCUCGCCCAGGUGCCGUCCAGCCUGAGCCUGAGCUCCGCCGCCGCGGACCCGGAGGGAACCGGCAGGUACGAGUCGUCCGGUCGGCUGUUCUACAGCUUCAAGAACAUCACCCGGCAGGGCACCGGCACCUCCUCGUACCCGGCUUCCCUCUCACCAGCAUCCUCGUCCCGGUCCGGCUCCACCUCCUCCUGCUGCGGGGAGGACCUGGAGGAUUUCGCCGCGGAGGGGAACGACUUCACCCUCAGCCUCCUGGCCGGCUUCCACGCCUCCUCCGAGCCGUCGAACUCGUCGUCCAGCUCGGCCCCGGGGAACCUGAGCCUGUCCCUGGUGGAUAAAGACCUGGACUCGUGCAGCAGCGAGGGCAGCCUCGGGUCCCACUUCGAGUUUCCGGAUUAUUGCACUCCGGAGCUCAGCGAGAUGAUCGCCGGGAACUGGCUGGAGGCCAACUUCUCGGACCUGGUGUUCACUUAUUGAUCCCAACACCACGCCCGGCCAAGAAAGAGGAUUAUUUUCCAUCCGCCUCAUGUGCCCCGGAGCCGGUUCUGGAGCUCCAGAGCCAGUCAGGGACCGGGGCGAUGGGGCUGCUGCUGCCCGGGCGCAGACGGCUGUUUUGGGGGGAAGCCCGGACUGGACACACACUGCGGUACUUCUGCAAAAAAUGAAUGAAAUUAAAUCACUUCAACAGGGUUUUAUGGAUUUUGUUUUCUGUAGCUCGGGUCUGAACCAGGACCCGAAAUAUGCAUUCCCGUCCAGACCCAGAAGAGACUAAUUAACACUAAUAUCAGGAUGCAAAAGUAUUUCUGUUCCUUCCAGCACCAGGACUUUAACUUCAGGACUGUUUUAUGUGACUUUCACACAUUUCUCCUCCCUUUUAUUUGAUAUUUGGGUUUCCGGCUCCGUCCAGGUGAGAAACGCCUCGACUGACCGCAGGUAUGACCGGAAGCAGUUUUGAUAUUUGCAUAACCAAACAUACCUCGUCUUUUUUUAAAGAUUUAAAAAAGUGAAACUAUUUUCAGGCAUAUUUUUGUACAGUCAAAGGGAAUGUCAAAGGUUUUCAGGCACUUCUUCUACCACUUUUCACUCUGACUGAAGAUCAUUAUUUGUAACUGAGCAUGUGGGGGCUCCGGCCCCCGCCAGCCUGCCUUGCUUUGAUGCCUUGCUGUUGUUUUCUGGAGUGCAGACAGGGAGUCGAACCUGUGCGGUUCUAGUUGGACUGUUUGGCAGAAAUGGUACCAGAUCCAGGAUUGUAUAUGUUGUGUAAAAUAGUUAAAGUUUAGGAGUUUAUGUAUAUUGGUGUGAAUGAGUCCCUGAUAGCAGGAGAGAAACUGGAUUUUCUGUUUUUUAUAUCAUCAACGGCACAUAUUUGUUUUUUGCUCAUUAUUUUUGUGCAAUAUAAAAGAGAAAAAAUGAAAUAAUGGACCAUCCGAGUUUUUUUUGUAGCAGAAGGAGAAACUGCGUCUGUAUGUGACAACUGAAUAAAUCAGCUGGAACUGA